AUGCCAUCCACCAUUUCAAACAAGGACGUUGCAUUGUCCAUUAUCAACUUCUUAAAAGAAGCAGUUUCCAAAAAACAAGUUGCUGAAGAUUAUGCUGAAUCAAUGGAUGUUGCCAUUGAUUGUAUUGCUGAUGCAUUUGAAGUUGAUAAAGAUGAUGAUUCUAAAAUUGUUAAAGAUGUUUUCAAUGGUAAAUCUUUAUCUGAAUUACUUCAAUCACUUGAAAUUUCCAAUUCUGCUUCAUCUGAUGUUUCUACUUCUUCUGAAUCUUCAAAUGAAGUAAAAGAGGUUGAUGCUGAAACUAAAGCUAAAGCUGAUGAAUUGAAAGUUCAAGGUAACAGAGCAAUGGCUUUGAAAGACUACCCAGAAGCUAUUGCUAAAUAUACUGAAGCUAUUGGUUUAGAUCCAACUAAUGUUGUUUAUCUUUCAAACAGAGCUGCUGCUCAUUCUUCAUACCAAAAACAUGAUAAAGCAGUUGAAGAUGCCGAAAAAGCUAUUAAAUUAAACCCAAAUUUUUCAAAGGCUUAUUCAAGAUUAGGUUUGGCUAAAUAUGCUUUGGGUGAUGCUAAAGGAUCAAUGGAAGCUUACAAGAAAGGUUUGGAAGUUGAAGGUGAUAACAAAUCAGAUGCUAUGAGAAAAGGUUAUGAAACAGCUAAAAAGAGAGUUGAAGAAGACUUGGAAAGUUCCAUCUCUACUACUGAUAGAUCAGCUGGUUCAGAUUCCACUAGUGCUAAUACUGGUGCUGGUGCCGGUGCUGGUGGUUUACCAGAUUUGAGUAGCUUCAUGGGAGGUGCUGGUGGUAUGCCAAACUUAUCUGAAAUGAUGAACAAUCCACAAGUUAUGCAAGCUGCUCAAGAAAUGAUGUCUAAUCCACAAGCUAUGCAAGAUUUGUUCAACAAUCCUGCUGUUAGACAAAUGGCCCAACAAUUUGGAAUGGGUGGUGAUAAUAUGCCAGAUUUGUCAAACAUAAUGAAUAACCCAAUGUUUAACCAAUUCAUGGGUGGUAGAGGCAACCAAGGUGGUAACAGUGGUUCAUCUGAAUAG